AUGGGCAUCGACGAGAACGACACCCGCGGGUGGGUGAUGAGCACGGUCUCUGGCGUCGGUGAGUGCCCCCAGCCCUGUCUGCGCCGUCUGUCCCUGCUAAUGAGCCUCUCGACAGCCUGCAUCCUGGGCGCCAGCAUCAUCUGCGUCGACCUGGUUCUGCACAGAUGUGCGAGCCACAAACACAGACACUUCCACAUCACCAGCAGCAAUGCCUUUCUCUCGGCGUCCUUGAGCCUCAGCUCCGGCGUCAUGCUCUUCUCGUCGCUCUACAGCAUGCUGCCCACCGCCAUGAAGUACCUGAUCCGCGCCGGCUUGUCGGAUGCCACCUCCGCGUACACCCUGACCGGCCUGUUCCUGGGCGGCGUCAUCGUCAUUCGCAUCAUCUCCAGCUUCAUCCACCGUUACAUCCCCUCGCACAUCGUCGACUGCUCCCACACCCAUGACCCGCACGGGCCCGAUCUCGAGAACGGAGAGGAACACGAAGAGAUGGAGGAACAUCAUGAGCAUCAGGACGAACAGGCGAGCCCGCCAAACGGGAGCACGGAGCACACUCCGCUGCUGCCCAAGAGAACACCUCAGAGACCACCUCUAGGCGUCCUCCCCAGGACCACGGGUCACAUCCGGCCCGUACCACCGCGUCGGGAAUCCAUGCGCAAACGCUGGGGGCGGCAUCUCAGCCAUUGGCUGGGUGGGGUGAAGGCAUACUGCGACGACAAUGGGCCAUGCUACGGCGUUUCGCAGACUUGCGGCCAGGAAUGUUCCAAGAUCUUGGGUCCGCGGGCGCCGUCGACCUCGACGGAUCCCGGUCGUCCCUUGGAUCCUGCCUCGCCGUUUGCCCUGCCUCGUCGGGCCAUGACAGUGUCGGGCUAUCGCAACAAUGAAGACGAGCCCGAGACGCCCUUGACCGCUCGUCGCGUGACAGUCGCGGAGCAGAGCGAUCCCCAGCCCCAUCGACCGAUGGCAUCCGAGCAGCAAGCGGUCGAUUACUUCUCCUCCCAGCCGCAGCAGCAGCAGAAGUCGCCUUCGCCGGUGCAGGAGGACGACGAGGAGCUGACGGCCCAGAGCAGCGGGGGGUCCAUGUCGGAGACGAUGGGGAAACCCUGGGAGCAGCAGCCCGUCCCCUCAGCUGGCCAACACCACCACCAUGUCCCGCAUAAUGCGUUCCUGUCGAUCGGGUUGCAGACCUCGCUCGCUAUCGCCCUGCACAAGCUGCCCGAGGGCUUCAUCACGUAUGCCACGAACCACGCCAGCCCGACGCUGGGGCUGACGAUUUUCCUGGCGCUGUUCAUCCACAACAUAACCGAGGGGUUCGCCAUGGCAUUGCCGCUGUUUCUCGCGCUCAACUCGCGAUGGAAAGCGAUCCUCUGGUCCAGCCUACUCGGCGGGAUCAGUCAGCCGGCGGGGGCAGGCAUCGCAGCUUUGUGGAUCUGGUGCGCCCACAAAGCUGGCGGCGACACGUCGACGGACGGACCAUCCUGGGGCGUGUACGGAGGCAUGUUCGCCGCGACAGCGGGCGUCAUGACCUCAGUCGCAUUACAGCUGCUCUGUGAAGGCCUAAGCCUGACGCACAAUCGGGACAUCUGUAUCGGAGCGGCGAUAGCAGGCAUGGGCGUAUUAGGCAUCAGUUUUGCAUUGACGGCGUAG